CCCAACCAGACGUGCCUAAAGUUUAGUUUCCUUUUCCUCUUCUCCCCAUUUCUGUCCAACCAAACAGACUUUCUAUUUUAUUUUUAUUUUUUUGAACAGCUACCCCCUUCCACAUGAGGCUGCCUGCAAGCUGCAACACAUGAAAAAUAAGACAUUUAAGGAUUUUACUUUAUUAAUCUGUCAGUUCUAUAGUGGCAGUCAAACUGGUCAAAGCCUUGGAGCCUCCUCUUUCCCCUCAUCCAUGAUUCUCCAAACACCUCAAUUCUCAGAACCAUAAUCACACAAACAAGCAAUCUAUCUUCGAAUCCAGAACUAGGGUUUAUACAAAACCCUACCAAGCUUUUAUCCUCACAAAAAUGGCCACCUUCCUCUCAUACAGCCCUCACCUGGCCUUCUCCCCCUUCCCGGACCUUACCCGGAACCCGAACUCUCUCCUUCGCCGGACCCACUGUCCCCCUGGCUGCUUCCCCAACCUCACGCCGUCUCUUCGCGGCGGGAGCGCCGUCGCCAGGGUCGGGUUCAAGCCCGGUCUGUUUCCGGACCCGGAUUCUGCCGAGGCCAUAGCUCGGGAGCUCUUGGGCAGAGCUGAAAGCUUUCUUUUCACGGUUGCUGAUGCGGCCGUGUCGACUUCAGACGGCGUCACUGGCGCCACCAAACAGAACUCUGAUUGGCUUUCGGGAAUCAGUACUAGCAUGGAGAAUGUUCUUAAGGUUUUGAAAGACGGGCUCUCUGCUUUGCAUGUGCCCUAUGCUUACGGCUUUGCGAUUAUUCUCCUUACGGUUAUUGUUAAGGCUGCUACGUUUCCUUUAACCAAGAAACAGGUAGAAUCGGCAAUGGCUAUGCGAUCCUUACAACCUCAAAUAAAGGCUAUUCAACAGCGGUAUGCUGGGGAUCAGGAGCGAAUUCAAGUUGAAACUGCCCGUUUAUAUAAACUUGCUGGCAUAAAUCCACUUGCAGGAUGCUUCCCAACCCUCUUUACAAUACCAGUAUGGAUUGGCCUGUAUAGAGCACUUUCUAAUGUAGCUGAUGAGGGCCUCCUUACAGAAGGCUUCUUCUGGAUACCUUCCCUUUCUGGUCCAACUACAAUUGCUGCUCGACAAAGUGGCAGCAGCAUUUCUUGGCUUUUCCCUUUUGUAGAUGGUCAUCCCCCACUUGGAUGGUCAGAUACUUUGGCAUAUCUUGUCUUGCCUCUGUUGCUGAUUGCUUCACAGUACAUCUCAGUUCAACUCAUGCAGUCAUCACAGAGUGAUGAUCCGAACCUGAAAAACUCUCAAGCACUAACGAAAUUCCUGCCUUUGUUGAUUGGUUAUUUUGCUCUUUCUGUUCCUUCUGGUUUAAGCCUAUAUUGGUUCACAAAUAAUAUAUUGAGCACAGCACAGCAAGUAUGGCUUCAGAAGUUAGGCGGUGCCAAAAAUCCUGCAAAGCAGUUCAGCGAUGCUAUUGGCAAGGAAGAGCCAUCCCAGAUUCAGAAGACCCUGUUUGAAACAAACUCAAUGAAAGCAGUUGCCAAACAGGGAGAAAAGCUGACUCCAGAGGGACCACGCCCUGGUGAAAGAUUUAAACAGAUAAAGGAGCAAGAAGCAAGGAUAAGACGGCAAAGGGAAGAAGAAAAGAGGAGAGCUGAAGAGGCAUCUGCUGACAGAAUUCAAAUAACAAAUGAGGGACAUGAGAAAGAACCCAGCUUAGUUGAGAGGGAAAAUGGGGGAGUGACUAAGUUUGAUGAUGGUGGGAAUGAAAGAUUUCAGUCUGUGAAUCAUGAGUCUUUGAGUGGUGAGCAGCUAGUUGUGAAUGGGGGCCUAUCUUCUCAGGAGUCAAUGGAAGAUCAGAAAAAGCCAUUCCUUAAGAUAAAAACUGACGAAAUUUCUUCUGCUUACCGGGUUGAUGGCAGAGAUGGUCAGCAUUCCCAAGAAAACCUUGAACAGGACAAAGCUGUGGAAAUAUACACCACCCUAACUGGUACAGAUAAGAAGAAUUCUUCUGGUGAUGAGCCAAAGCCCAGACAGGAAGUGCACGCUGAGAAAGAGGAUUAGUUGCUCUAGCAACUAGUAUCACGAUUGUGACAAGAAGUCCACAUCCUCACUGCUACACUAACUCUUCUUUAGAGCAUCUGUGGUGCAUCGUAAACGAUCCUGUUCACUCUUCCUGCCCCAUGAGGUCCUGGGGCUGAUGGUCUGUAAAUUAGUUGCUGUCAGGGCUGAAAUUUGGCAAUAGUGAUCUUUUAGAGUCAAAUGCAACUGUAGGAAGAAUUGGUGUAGAAGAGGUAUGUAUCAAUGGGUCUCUCAUAAGCAACUGUAUUUUGUAUACGAACUGAAAAAAAAAAAAGCCAAUGAGCUGCUUGUUAAUGUUCCCCAGUUUUGGCUGAAGAAAAGAAUGCAAGAACAAGAAAAAUUCAAGAAACUGUGAGCUCAUAUGACAGGAAUUGGCACGGUUCACAUUUUAUACAGCUCUUGAUUUGUUUGGUUCCCA